AUGGGUAUUAAACAUCUGUACCAGGUUAUUUCAGAGAAUGCCCCCGAUGCAAUCAAAACGGGCGAAAUUAAGAAUCACUUCGGCCGCAAGGUCGCCAUUGAUGCGUCCAUGAGCAUCUACAGUUUCCUGAUCGCGGUCCGUUCGGAAGGUCAGCAGCUCAUGAGUGAGUCCGGCGAGACCACAUCCCAUCUGAUGGGUAUGUUCUACCGUACUCUGCGAAUGGUGGACAAUGGCAUCAAACCUCUUUACGUCUUCGACGGUGCCCCGCCGAAGCUCAAAUCCGGUGAAUUGGCGAAGCGUGUCGCGCGUAAGGCUGAAGCCCACGAAGCCCAUGAGGAAGCCAAGGAGACCGGUACUGCAGAGGAUAUUGAAAAGUUUUCGCGACGGACGGUCCGAGUCACCCGUGAACACAACGCAGAAUGCAAGAAGCUUCUCGAGCUGAUGGGAAUUCCUUUCAUCAAUGCGCCAACUGAAGCUGAGGCUCAGUGUGCCGUUCUAGCCCGCGCGGGUAAGGUGUAUGCUGCUGCGUCUGAAGAUAUGGAUACACUAUGCUUCGAGUCCCCCAUUCUUCUACGUCACCUUACCUUCAGUGAGCAGCGCAAGGAGCCUAUCCAGGAAAUCCACCUAGACCGCGCGCUUGAGGGUCUGAACAUGGACCGCGCACAGUUUAUUGAUCUUUGUAUUCUUCUGGGCUGUGACUACCUGGAACCCAUCCCCAAGGUGGGAGCCCACACAGCUCUCGCUUUGAUCAAGGAGCACAAAUCUCUUGAGAAGGUCCUGGAGUUCAUGAACAACGACCCCAAGAAGAAAUUCGUGGUUCCCGAGGAUUGGCCCUACCAAGACGCACGGGACCUGUUUACCGACCCGGACGUCCGUGCUGCGGAUCACCCUGAUUGUGACUUUAAGUGGGAUGCCCCCAACAUUGAAGGCCUGAUUGAUUUCUUGGUCAAGGAUAAGGGUUUCAACGAGGACCGUGUCCGCAAUGGCGCCGCGCGUCUGUCCAAGCACUUGAAGUCCGCUCAACAGUCCCGACUCGAGGGAUUCUUCAAGCCCGUUGCCCGUACAGAGGACGAGAAGGCAUCUCUCAAGCGCAAGAACGAUGAAAAGAUCCAACAGCAGAAAAAGAAGAAGAAGGAUGAUGCUAAGGCUAAGAAAGACGCCAAGUCAAAGCCGCGGGGAGCAGCAUAG